AUAAAACUCAGUUGAAAACAAAUUGUAUGGAACACAACGCAACACUUUCUAACGGUAACGGUUACGGGUCGGAUGCGCGAUUUUCCCAGACUAUGGCCACCGUCGCCGCACCGCCGCCGCCGCACAAACAAUAAUAAUGAAAAGCGCCAGACAAAAACCAAAAGCUAAUUGGCCGCAAACCGCUAAGUGAUUAAUUAAUUCCAACUGCCAAACGCGUAAAUAUUUGCAUAUCAAUCGACUAAGUUAUCCGGACUUAGGAGUAAAAAUUAAAUGAGAAACGAGCACUGCCCAGUAGUGUAAUAAAAUCAAAAUAAAUUGAAAGCAAAAAAUCCUUAGUACACUUACACGGACAUCCGCACGGACGAGUGUGUGUGUGUGAGUGUCUCUUUGUGUGUGUUGGUGUGUGCGCAUGCGCCAGCUGGAGUUUCUGUGCAUUAAUUGCUUUCCUGCCAGCCAUUUGAAGUUGCAAUUGCGAUACGAUCGGACGCCUGUAUUGGCGGUUGCCAUGUAGAGCCUCCACACCUCAGCCUGCAACCAAAGCCAGAGCGGAGUCAUGGUGGAAUCUUCGAGCCUGGGGCGGACCCCGCCGGCGGCCCAGCAGCCCAUUCCGCAGCAGCACUCCCCCUCGCCCUCGGGGAUGCGGUGCGGCAAUAUGGAGACGCGGGUGCGCGGUGCCUGGUACCGCGUCCUGGUAACCCUCGAAACGGACUUUCUGGCAGUCAGCCUGGAUGAGUCCUGUGAGGCGUCUCAGCAAAGCAACGAUGGACAAUCGACUACUUUAAAUGGAACUUUGGGGAGCAAUCACAGUGGUGGAGGAGGUGGUGGCAAUGCCGGCGGCGGUGGGUCUGGUGCCACCGGCCAGAAUGGUGGUCUGCCCAACUCCGCCUCCCUGCAGGGCAUGAGCGGUGUGCCCGACACCGAACUGGACGGAUCGACGGUGGGCAACGACAACGGCGACCUCUGCCUGAACAACAACAAUAAUGCCGGCGACGGGGGCGGCAUGGAUAUGUGCGACGUACCUGACCAUGUGGCCAACCAGAAGCGGCAUGUGCGCAUCAUCAAGUCGGACAACAACGGCUUGGGCAUCUCGAUCAAGGGCGGUCGCGAGAACCGCAUGCCGAUCCUGAUUUCGAAGAUAUUCCGUGGGAUGGCCGCCGAUCAGGCAAAAGGAUUGUAUGUGGGCGACGCCAUCCUGACGGUGAACGGCGAGGAGCUGCGUGACGCCACCCACGACGAGGCGGUGCGCGCCCUCAAGCGGUCUGGUCGUGUGGUGGAUUUGGAAGUUAAAUUCCUCCGCGAAGUGACGCCCUACUUCCGGAAGGCAAGCAUCAUCUCCGAAGUGGGAUGGGAGCUCCAGCGCGCUUUCCUCUGUCCCCUGGGACCGGGCGUUCCCACCUCUCCGCCGGCACCAAAAACGACACCUCGGGCGGAUACACGAUACAUUCCCCUGCAGCUGACGCAUUUGGCCAGGAAUCUCAAAUACAUCGAUCCGGAAAACCGCUGUUUCGAAUUGCACUCACCGGACGGAGUGCAUUCCUGCAUCCUGCGAGCUGCAGACUCGGCGGAGGCCCUUGUCUGGUUCAACGCCCUCCACUCGGCUAUGGGCAACAGCACUCAGCGAGCCCUAGCAGAAGCCAAUCGAGCGCUGACCAAUCUCAUUGGCGAACUGAAGCACAUUGGCUGGCUGAGCAAGCGGAUGAACGGCGGCGGUAGCUCCGGUAGCGCUGGCGGCGGUGCAGCUAGUGGGGGCAGUGGCACUUCCAACAGUGGCGUGGCUGGCGAGCUGGUAAGUCCCAGCGGCCGUUCUAGUUCGGAGAGCUCCGAUGAAAGCGACAAGUGGCUGCCGAUUUUCGUGGCAGUGACGGAACGAGAGUUCCGAAUAUACGAGAGUGCUCCCUGGUCCGUGGAGGCCUGGAGUCGUCCCCUGGAGAUCUACGCUCUGGCCACGACACGUCUGGCUGGAGCUGGGAACAACUCCUCGCUAAAUGGCCAGCAGACAACGGUGUUCUGUGUGCGGUGCGGCACCGCCCGUGGUGUCCUGGUCUACUGGCUGCGUUCGGAGACGCAUCGGGAUAUGGCCUCCUGGGCCAGGGCUCUGGUCCAGGGCUCCCACCAGGCGGUCAACUACCAGAGGGAGUUCUCGUUCCGCUGCCUGUACCAGGGUCGGCAGUGUCAAUUGGUUGUGCACAUAAAUCGUGGCUUCUUUCUGUACGAUUGCGGGGGAUUCGCGCCAACAACUCCAACGGCGGCAGCGACCACCAACAAGACGCAGCUCUGGCAGUUUGCCUUCGACAAGCUGAAGGGAUCGGCGGAUGAUGGCAACAGGAUGCUAUACCUCGACUUUGGCGAAGAUGGCGAGAUUGAACUGGACAUGGAGUGCUGUCCCAAGCCGGUGGUCUUUGUUGUCCACAACUGUCUGUCGGCCAAGGUGCAUAACAUUGCCUAGAAGGAGGUGCAGUUGAAUGGGACUAGCUGCUAAUUGUUGAUGUUUUGGGUGUAACAGAUGUAUUGAUAUUAUUUAUUGUUUAAUCAUUAUUCGAGAUUUGUUAUUGUCAGCCCCGAAAAGGGACUAACAUUUAAAUAUUUCCCUAGAGUAAUAUUCUUUUUUAAUGUAUUUCUAUAAGCGCAAUACUCUGUUAACUCUGUCAAUUAAAUAAGAUAACUUUGAAGCAAUGAUUAAACCCAUUUCACAUUUGGUUCGCUUCACGUUAAACUUGAAUUUCUUGAACAGCCGAAAAGCAGGCCAUUAAAUGUUUUUCAUUAAAAGAAUUACUUUAAAUUAUGCCUAAAAUAGUAACAUUUAUAGACAUCAGA